UAUUUUCUUACAAUGGACAAUGAAUCAGUCCUGAAUAGUAUUCAUAUCUACUACCAAAAUGUUCGUGGACUUCGGACGAAAGUUCUUGAGUUUAGCCGUAACCUGCUAUUGUGUUCUUAUGAUGUGAUUAUUUUAACUGAGACUUGGUUGACUGAUGGCAUCUUCGAAUUAUUUAAUGAACAUUAUACAGUUUGGCGUGGGGAUAGGAACAGUGACCUUACGGGUCAAUCUCGGGGUGGCGGUGUUUUGAUUGCGACUCGUAAAGAUUUAAAAGUUAGCUUGCAGCCGUCAUUUAACUCAUCGGUUGAAGAUUUGUGGGUUACACUCAUCGUUAAGUUGAAACGUGAAACUAUUAAACUGCAUAUAUGUGUAUUAUACUUAUGCAAACAGGGUUCUAGGUUUUCUUUCUCUGAACAAUUAACUAAUUAUCUUACGAAACUCACCAACAUUGUUUUGGAUAAUUCACUUGAUAAAUUCCUACUUGUUGGUGAUUUUAAUCUGAGCGGCAUUACGUGGCUGCCGUCUAAUCUUGGUUACUUUACACCUUAUAAUGCUCGUAGUAGUGAUGAAUUAUUGCUUGUAGAUGAAAUGCAUAUUCACGACUUUGCUCAGUACAAUGGGAUAACUAAUAAGGAUGAUAGGAUUCUGGAUCUAGUAUUUUCAAAUGAAUCAUUGGUUGUGAGUAAGUGUGUUGAUCCAAUGGUCCCGAUUGAUCCGUAUCAGGAGGCUCUUGGUAUUACGUUCAAAUGUAUUGAACUUGUAACUCUAAGAACUGCACCGCGCACUAACUAUCGAUUCAAUAAAGGUGAUUAUUUGUCAAUUAAUAGAGAGCUUAAUAAUAUUGACUGGUGUGUUGAAUUUCAGUCAAGAUCUUUGGAGGGCUGUACUGAUUAUUUUUAUGAGACAGUUAACGACCUUAAAGAGAGAUAUGUACCAUCUCGCGUGACUGGCUCUGAUCAUUACCCAGUCUGGUAUUCAGCUGCUCUUAAAAAAGCUAUCAAAGAAAAAUAUAAAUAUAAACGUAAAUAUUCAAACUAAGGAAAUAAAUCUGAUCUAAACUCUUUUAAUGUGCUUCGGGACAGGGUUAGAGUACUGGAAACUAAUUGUUACAAUGAUUAUAUUGACUCUCUUGAAAUUUCAAUAGGAAAUGAUCCUAAAAAGUUCUGGUCUUACGUUAAAUCAAAGUCUAAGUGUAAUUCAAUGCCAGGAUCUGUCUCGUAUAACAAUGUGAUCUCAAGUUCGGCUGAGGGAGUCUGCAGUGCAUUUUCUAACUAUUUCCAAUCUACUUUUCUUGACUGUGAUAUCUCUGUUAAUCUGACACCUAGAGUAGCCGAUGAGCAUUUCACCGCAACUUCUCACUUAAACAACAUCUACUUGGACCAAGCCGAAAUACAUAAGUUAAUUCUUAAUCUUGAUCUAUCUAAAUCAGCUGGUCCAGACCAGUUGCCUGCCAGAUUUAUCGUUGGUUGCUCUGAUGGCAUAGUUUUGCCAAUAUACCUUCUUUUUAAGCGUUCUUUACAUGAGUGCACUGUUCCAGCAAUAUGGAAAUCGGCCUU